AGGGGCCGGGUUAGUGGUGCUUGUUAUGGUGCAGGUGAGAGGUGCUUGUGCCCACUCUUUCCCUCUUCACUCUCGAAUAUCUUGUGGAUUACCUCCUAUGAAACUUGUAAUAUGACUCGCUAGUGAUGGAUAUAGUACCGUUUAGUGGAUUCCAGCAUCACCUGUGCGGAUGAAAUCGAGAGAACCAAGCUGUUGCUGCUUAUGAGGUUCUGGGGAUUAUUCUCCCCAUGGCCCGGUCUUAGACCAGGCCUCCUCCGCUGGAAAGAAAAUAUUACAGGAUUAAGAACUGUUAAGAAGCACAUAAAAAAGUAAAGGAACAUAGGAUGAGACAAUGAUGCUGACGAGCAGCACGGAGUCGCUACAAAAGAACGUCACGUGAGGGACGGUGGCGGCCGGACCAGUAGUGUCCUGUUGGUGGGUGUGUGGUGGAGUGGCAGCGGCGGCUGUGGUGGUGGUGGAGUGGUGGUGAAGGUGGUGCUGCUGCUGCUGCCAGGACCCCCUGCCUCUUACACUAGUGCCUCUCCUACAGUGUUAAGUAGUGAAUGUUAGGGAAACACAAUGCGGGAGUUUAAAGUGGUGGUGCUAGGGUCCGGUGGGGUGGGCAAAUCUGCCCUUACGGUGCAGUUCGUGUCCGGGUGCUUCAUGGAGAAGUAUGACCCCACCAUCGAGGACUUCUACCGAAAGGAAAUCGAAGUGGACACUUCGCCGUGCGUACUGGAAAUCCUGGACACGGCGGGCACGGAGCAGUUUGCCUCCAUGCGUGACUUGUAUAUUCGCAAUGGUCAGGGCUUCGUGGUGGUCUACUCAAUGACCAAUCAUCAAACCUUCCAAGACAUUAAAGGCAUGAAGGAUCAGAUCACCCGGGUCAAGAACACUGACCGUGUCCCCAUUCUUCUUGUCGCCAACAAGGUGGAUCUGGAGCACCAGAGGGAGGUGGUGACGGCGGACGGGAUGGCCCUGGCACACAUGUGGGGGUGCCCCUUCAUCGAGGCCUCCGCCAAGAACAGGUGUAACGUCAACGAGGUCUUUGCUGAGAUCGUCCGCGAGAUGAAUGUCAACCCAGGCAAGAAGGACACUGGCAACUACUGCUGCUGCGUUCUCCUCUAACGGCCAG